GGCCGCGCGCUACCGCGCGCGCUACCGCGGACAGCAUUCACAUUUGGCAGAGUCACUUUCCAGGAACCCUGUAGCUCAGUCAGGCAAACGAGCUGCAGCAGGAAAACGACUGGAGAGUGAAAAGACAAGAUGCAACCAUUGCCAGGAAACAGGACGACCUUUCCCCAUCCAAGGGAGAAAUCUACUCACAUGUUAGCUCCUCCCUCGGCUCCUGUUUGCCCUCUGCCGGACUCUGGCUACCAGAGCGACUUUGGCUCUGAUAGCGGCCUGAGUGAUAUUCGCUCCACAUGUAGCUCCACUCAGACCAUAACAGAGAGUGACAGGUCCCGGGAUACACCUCCAUUUUUUCAAGACAAACCCAGACGUGUAAGGGAGAAAUCUACUCACAUGUUAGCUCCUCCCUCGGCUCCUGUUUGCCCUCUGCCGGACUAUGGCUACCAGAGCGACUUUGGCUCUGAUAGCGGCCUGAGUGAUAUUCGCUCCACAUGUAGCUCCACUCAGACCAUAACAGAGAGUGACAGGUCCCGGGAUACACCUCCAUUUUUUCAAGACAAACCCAGACGUGUAAGAUCGAGAGGCAAAGACACGACUCUGCUUUCUAAAAUAGAAAGCAUUGUUGCAGAUCUAAUGAAAUGUGAGGCUUCGCCAGUUGUCGUUGCAGUUUCCCUCGUUGUGACAGCAGCAGUUCUCUGUUUCGUCGGCAGUCUUUUUACCCGAGAGAGGGGGGCGACUCCAGAGGUGAAAAUUGUGCUGCCGAGCUAUUCAGGAGAAGGGAAGAUCACAGCAGAAACGGAUAAGAUGCUGAAGCAAGUUAUUGAAGAACUAAAAAAGGAAGUGGAAAGAAGGGUUCGAUCAGAAAUUCAAGCAAAGAAAGAUACAAGCGAAGCUACAGAAGUGGAAAGAAGGGUUCGAUCAGAAAUCCAAGCAAAGAAAGAUACAAGCGAAGCUACAGAAGUGGAAAGAAGGGUUCGAUCAGAAAUUCAAGCAAAGAAAGAUACAAGAAAAGCUACAAAAGGUUGUGUUGUGUCUAUAGUCAGGUUAUUUAUGAUAUGGCCAACGAUUCUUUUUCUUUUUCUUUCUGGUUGCAAUUAUUUGAUAUUUAAUAGAUAGUUGAGGACAUUCCACCAUUUACAGACAUAUAGCCCUGUUAUUACAGAGAGAGUAAGAGAGAAAUCAGCAGUAAAUAAUCAGUAUGGCUAAGAGCCCUUCCUUUCUCAACAUCCUUUUUCUUUUUUUUUUUUUAAACAACAUGUAUUCAGUAGAAUUCCCCAUAACUAUUUUAAAAUCCUAAAAAGGGAUGUAUUUUAACCCAUGUGUGCAUUAAUGUUUUGGGAGACAAUCCAGUAAGUUAUCUACAUUUAAGUUAUUAAUGUUCAAUUUAUUUGUUAACUCCAAAAAUGUGAAAACCCAUUUUGACAAUAACUUAGAAGAUAUAUUAAUUUGUAGGCGAAGUGAAAAUCACAUUCUUUACAUUGUGUAUACUUCAUUAACUAUCUCUGUCCAUUCCUCUCUUGUGGGAGAGUCAGGAAGCAACCAAUGCCAAGUAAUAGUUUUUUUUAACCAGCUGAUGUAAGUACACCAAACAAGUAUUCAUUGAAGUGGGCUGAAUGAAAUUUCAUGCAUUUCUGUCUAGAAAUGUCUUAUUACUGGAUGUUCCCAAAUGAUAUGGCAGUGAUUGGCGUCCUGGCUCCCACAUAGUCUCCAGCACUUGGGAUCCUCUCCUGUUCAGUGUGCUUUCUGCUUUGGGGUAAAAAAACCAAACAUUUUUUUAGACACUUUCAUCUAAAUUCUCUCCAUGUGUGUGAUAAUAAAUAAACAAUAAUAAUUAGAUUAGUCCACUUCCUUUGGCUGAGGUGUUGUAUAGCCUGGUGGAAGUGGGAACAAAGGAUCUCCUGAACCUCUCUGUUCUGCAGCGCAGUGAGAUGAGACGUUUGCUGCAGCUGUAGCUGCUUCUCUGUCCUGCCACAAUGUUGUGGAGAGGAGGGUUGGUAUCGUCCAAGAUGGCCUCCAUCUUACAUUGCAUGCGUCUCUCCCCAACAGUCCUGAGUGAGUCCAGACUCCUGCCAAGCACAGACCCAGACUACACUGUCCACCUCUGACUGAUAAAACGUGCAGCAUUUCACUGCAGACGUCAAAGGACCUGAGCUUCCUGAGGAAAACGUUUUGGGCUUUUUUCCUUGCCAAAUGAACCUACAACUAACUUUGUUGGGUUAAUUGUUUUUGUGGUUCUUGGUUCUUGGUUCUCUUAUGGAUCCUAUAUCCUUGGCUUUGCACAAACCAGAUAAUUUUCUCUCACUAUAGUGCCCCACUGGUUCUAUUUCGGAUAUAUAUCGGAUCCAGAGGUGAUAUUGCGUGUGUUGGUGAUGAUGCCUAAACCAAGUGUUUUAAUGUUCAGUGUUGAUCAUUUGUAUUUGUAUCAAAAGGAGGGAAUUGCAGUAGAAAAUUUUAGUGUGAUUGUUCUGUGUGACCAGUGGGCCCCAGCUCACAUGUUGGGAACCACUGACCUACGUUAAAUAUACAUUUAAAACAGGAAUAACAGGUGGAUUAUUUAUUUGAUAAAAAUCUUAACUUUCCACUGACACCAUGUUUAUGUGGUGUCAUGACCUGGCUCAAAGGACGGACAAAAUGUGGAGACCACACAUGACUCUUUAAAGUAAUGUGACAGCCCUCUCCACCUGUGUACCUGUUGCUUCCUGUGUGUGGCUGCUUCCUUUACAGGUACUCGAGGUGGGUGUGGCAAAGGGUUGUCAGUACCUGGGCUCAUCAGCAGACCUGGCACACCUGGGCCCUGUGUGCUACAGCCACGUUGGAGAUCAGUUCUGGUUCUCUCUCCUCCUUGAGGCUCCUGUUUGCUUUGGUUGGCAUUUGGUUUGUGUUGUUUCUGUUGCUGCACCAUACAUUGCAUUCACACACUUCUUCACUCGAACACUCACUGACACUGCUGAUCUUAGAUUACACAAGUUUAGGUUCUUCUUCUAGAUUUAUUGUGUGUGUUUGUUUUUUUUUUAAAUAAAACAUUUGUUAAUUGCC